UUUGCAGCUGAAGUCUAGACACAAGAAUGGAGUGAUAUUAAGGCACUAUUACAAUACAUUCAGACUAUAAAGAACAGAAAUACUAGGUGGCUGUGAUCUUGCAGUAUUUCAUCAUAACUUGAAUAUGAAAACAACAACAGUGCGGUUGGUUAGUAAUAGGACUUGCUCUGAAACACCCAGAAGUCCGGCCUCCUCAUCGAGAGAAUGUGCUAAAAUAGUGGUUGCAGUCAGAAGCAACAAGCACAUUACCUUACUUCCUCAACUUAUCCGGAUCUUCAACUUCGGGACCAUGAACACCACCAUGAACACCACCAUGAACCCCACCACCACCAGCCUCGCAGUGGCGUCCACCCCUCCAGUCCACUUCGACAUGCCCUACAGAAUCGCCCUGAUAGUCAUCUACUCUGUCGUGCUUCUGGUGGGCAUCACAGGCUUAGGUUUCAUGAUCAGCUUGUUAAAAGCCAACAUUCGCUCGUUAACCACCAUCGCCUUCCUGAACCUGAUGGUCGCACACUUUCUGUUCCUGCUCACCGUGCCAUUCAGAAUCUACUAUUUCGCGUUUCUAUCAUGGAACCUGGGUAAGGGGAUGUGUAAACUGGUCAGCGCCAUGGUGCAUAUCCAUAUAUACAUGGUGUUUACCAUAUACGCCAUCAUACUUACCCUUCGUUUCCUGCAAUUCUACAAGAAAACGCAACGGACUGAGUUUUACAGGCGGCUGCACGCGCUGGGCGCGAGCGCUUUAGUGUGGUUCCUACUUCUUCUCAUCAUGCUACCCCUCGUGUUGCUUCAAUACGGACAAUCUUCCAAAAGCAAUAACGUCAACACAGAAAACGAGUGCUUCAAAUUUCAGAAUAUGUUAGAUGACACAUCCGUCUACGCCCUGAACAUGAUUCUAUCUAUCUUUAUUAUCAGUGUGUCGGGUCUUCAGACCUGCAUCCAGGCAUUCAUCUUGCACGUCAUGAUACGCAAGUACGGAUCGGCCAGUCGUUCCCAGCAGGAGUUUUGGGUCCAAAUAAAAAACCUCAUCUUUGUACUGAUCUUGCUCACCUGCUUGGUACCAUACCACCUUUUUCGGCUGCAUUACUUGAACAACGCUACUGAUCUUCAUGCGAUAAAUGAGGUGUUUCUGGCCAUCACGGGACUGACAUGUUUCGACAUGCUAACGUUCACAGGGAAGAACGUGUGUCAGGUGUGCUGGCCCUAAAGAUGUGGAUAUUCUCCACAUCAUUGACCAUUAAUCAGAUUCUCUCCACAGCUGUGAAAAUGGACUGUUCAUACAGAAAACGUGUUAUAAUAAUAAUAGCCAGCGGUUACAAUAAAGGUAGGCUAAAUGAGCACCCCAGCUGAAAAAAAAAAAGUUUAUUUAUGAAAACGUUAUUUAUGAAUUUCAAACAUUAACUUCCAGUUUUAAAACAAAUUUGAAACGAGUUUUUAUUGGUGUUGCUAACAUUUUGGGAACUGUUUGUUCUAUUUUCGUUUGGAUAUGUUGCAAACAUUAAUUUCGAAUGUUCUCUGAACGUUGUGAAACUAUUAUCAUCUAAAAAACAGACUGUUCAACUAAAGUGUUUCACAAGAAAACCGUGACAUUACAGUAGGAUGACUAUAUCAGGGCCUAGGCAAUUACUAUACGCCUAUAGCUGUUAUAUAAAUAAAUGGACAGAAAGACAGCUCCUUAUAUGCACUUUAAAAAAGUACAACUACCGUAAACGUAGGCUAAAUUUAAUUUUAAAUGGGCAUAGGGAUUGGUCACCACAAAAAUAGAAACUCUGUCAUCGUUUAGGCCGACUUUUCCUCAGGUUUUUCGAACAAACAGUGAUGCGGCCCAUGGUCAUGGACUUCCAAAGUAAAAAAAAAAAAAAAUGCAAUGUAAGUCCAACUGUUUUGGACAUGUUUUGGACAUUCUGUUUUGGACAUUUGUUUUGGACAUUCUCCAUAUAUCUUCUUUUGUGUUCAGGACAGGAGGUAAAAAAAAAUUCAUACAGGCUUGGGACAUUUUGAGGGAGAGUAAAUUUGAUGACAGUGUUUUAAUUUUUGGGUGAACUGUCCCUUUAAAAUACCUCAACGUUUUUGUCCAGUUAUUUAGGCCUAUAACUUAACCAGCCGUAACAAUUCGCGCGUCAUACACCGAUUUAGACGAUUUAGACUUGUACAGAAGUCGUAUGUAUGAGUACACGUGGUUUUGUGUUCAAUCAAUGACUCGACCUAUCAUUGAAAGACAGAAAAAUAGAGAUUUGGCGCCCUCUUGUGGUAAACUUGGAGAACGUCGGAGGUUGGCUAGUUAAAAAGAUAAAAUUAUAGUUCUGUAAAACAAUAUGAUUUCGGCUUUUAGCGUUCAGCCUAAUUGUUUAUAAGCAGGCUUUAAAAAAAUGUUUAAUGAAAAAAUACGAAAAUCUCUGUUACAUAGGAUAUGUAUUCGUAUUAGGCUAAACAUUAAAGGCUAAAUUCAAAUUAUUUUUCUUCUAGCCUUCGUAGCUUACUAUUGCCCGUGUUCUUUGACGUCGUGAACGCACGCAAAGGAAACACGAUUCAUGUCUUCUGUUUUAUUGGGGCUAGUUACUGUUUAACAUCUCCACCCAACUUACAGUUUGUUUAGUAAAUCGAUCUAAUGAGAGGCUCCCCCAACACCACCAAAAGUAUUAUCCAAUGACAUGUUAAACACUUCAUGUAGCCUACUCGAAGUUGCCAACAGCGAAACAUAUUUAUAAGCAUAAAAGUUUGACCCAUGUUCGUUUGGGUUUUGGUGGAUUAAUGCAAAUCGUUGUUGGACGUGGAGAA